CUUAUUCCCUGUUGUAACUAAAUACCGCUGUAAGAACAGCUGAAGUCCUUUGUUGGAAAUGUGUGAUCGCAGUCUCUACAGAUCUGGCUACGUUGGUUCUCUCUUGAAUUUGCAAUCUCCAGAUUCCUUUUAUUUUCCUAAUUUGCGGGCUAAUGGCAGUCAAUUGGCGGCUCUGCCCACCAUUUCCUACCCCCGGAGCUCGAUCCCCUGGACUUGCUCAAGUUCGUGCGCAGCCCAGCCGCAGAGCCACGCGUUCGGCGGCGCGGCGCAGCCGUACCUCCCCGGCUCCGUUCCAAUCAACAUCAGCUCCAACGGCAACAAGGAAUGCCUGGAAGACAACAAUAAAUAUUACGCCCACGAUACGAGCUCCAAACAAGAGGAGAGAUGCAGGCAGAGGCAAUCUUUUGCAAAUGACCCAACUGUUACUCACACAGCCAACUUAAAGCCCGUAAAGUAUGACCACUCGAGCCUGCAGAGAAGUUUGCAUGGCUCGGCUACUCUUUUCGAAGUGAAUUCCUGCAAUUCAAGCUUAAAGGAGGACAUCAAGAACCCCGUCAACUUGAACCUGACAGUUCAGCCAGCAGCAGUCCAGUCAUGCCUCAGACCUUCAGUGCAGGAUGGUCUGCCUUGGUGUCCCACCCAGGGGAGAUCAAGAAAGAAACGGAAACCAUACACAAAACAACAAAUUGCUGAAUUGGAAAAUGAGUUUCUCCUCAAUGAGUUUAUUAACCGGCAGAAGAGGAAAGAACUAUCGAACAGACUGAAUUUAAGCGAUCAGCAAGUUAAAAUUUGGUUUCAGAACCGGAGGAUGAAAAAGAAAAGAGUAGUAAUGCGAGAGCAGGCUCUUUCUAUGUACUAGAGCAGAGUCCGCCCGUUCCUGCAUGAACUUGUGCCCGGAGUGUUCACCCCUAGAGUAGAGCGUACGCGCCAGUGAAACGCGGGGAGUGGGUCUCUUUACCAGUUAAACCAAGUUCUCGAAACGCGUAGGAUCCCUGCGUAAAUAGGCAAAGCUGAGUUCUUAGCCAAGAUGAAGAAGACGAGCCGGACCAGCACGGAAACAUGUAUUAUCAGCUUUUUACCUUUCUUUGUCCAUUUAUAUAGAUUUUCUCCUGCAUCCUACCCUCUCUUUCCCCGGAGAACAAGCGGUGCUAAACUAAGAUCGAUUUCUUUUAUCUGUAUGUAAACACCAUUUUG